AUGAGCUCGACCGCUGCUGCCCCGCCCGCGCCGACGCCGACGAUCAACGCGGCCCCGAGCAUCCUCGAGAAGGUUCCUCGCCUCAUGGACGAGCUGCCCAAGCAUGCCAAGCCCGCGGCUCUGGCGGACAAGGUGCUCGGCUACGGCACGGCCGGCUUCCGCGACAACGCCGACAUCCUCGGCUCGACGUUCCACCGCAUGGGCAUGCUCGCAGUCCUCCGCUCCAAGAAGGAGCACAAGAUCACGGGUCUCAUGGUCACCGCCUCGCACAACGCGGCGCCCGACAACGGUGUCAAGCUCGUCGACGCGGACGGCGGCAUGCUCGCGCAGUCGUGGGAAAAGUACGCGAUGCAGCUUGCGAACGCCAACACGGACAAGGUCGUCGAGGUGCUCGACAGCAUCGUCCGCGCCGAGAAGAUCGACCUGGACACGACCGGCAACAUCUUUAUUGCCAAGGACACGCGCGUCUCGAGCGAGCACUUGUCGGAACUCGCGCGCGAAGGCGCGCUCCUUCUUGGCGGCAAUGUCUUGGACUUUGGCUUGCAGACGACGCCGCAGCUCCACCACUACAUCCGCAUGUGGAACCACGAGCAGUACAACAAGGGCGACUGGGCGUCCGAGGCGGGCUACUACAACAUGCUUGUCGAUGCGUUCAAGCAGCUCACGACCGGUGUCGACCCCAAGAAGCUCGAGCUGCGCACGCCGCUGUACGUCGACUGUGCGCACGGCGUCGGUGCUCUCCAGCUCACCAAGCUCGCCAAGGAGCUCGGGGACAUGCUCCACCGCGACUGGUCGAUUACGCAGUGGGAUGGCAUCUACGCCGACCUCCCGAGCCGCCAGACCAAGGUCAAGAUCGCGGACCGCACGAUCGUCAAGUGCACCGAAGACGAGACGCAGGCGACGGCGCCCGAGGCGCUCAAGGACGCCGUCUCGGGCCUCGUGGCCGCCGCGGGCCCGAGUGCCCGCGCCUUUGUGCGGCCGUCGGGCACCGAGGACGCGGUGCGUGUCUACGCCGAAGCGGCGACGCAGGACGGCGCGGACGCGCUUGCGCUCAAGGUGGCGCAGGCCGUCCACGAACACGCUGGCGGCGUCGGUGACAUGCCGUCGGCCUUUGUCGCGUAA